AUGUCUGACAACUACAUUUGCCAUGGUUGCUCAACUGCAAUUGCCAUCUCAGGUCAAGUGUCAGAUGCCAUUUUUAGGACAAAUGCAGCUGUUGCCAUGGCGCGGCCCGGAAGCUACGGCGGUCCGCCGCUGGACGAAGCGGAAGGUGGCGGGGCCGGCGACCGCCUCAGCGGCCUCCCCGACGGCGUCCUCGGGGACAUCGUCUGGAUCCUCCCCACCAGGGAAGGCGCGCGGACGCAGAUCCUCGCCUCCCGGUGGCGCCACCUCUGGCGCUCCGCCCCGCUCAACCUUGACUACCAUCCCUUCCUGUUCGGCCAGGAGGGCCUUGAUGCCACCAUAUCGCGCCUUCUCGCCGCCCACCGGGGCCCCGGCCGCCGCUUCUGCGCGCCCGUCGACCGAGCCGACGCCUGGCUCAGAUCCCCCGCCCUCGACAACCUCCACGAGCUUGAGCUCUGCAGCUUCAACUACAAGUACAGCUUACCGUAUCCACGGGGAAUACCACAGCCGGCGCCGCUGCCUGCAGCUGCCUUCCGCUUCUCUGACACCCUCGGCGUUGCCACCAUCGGAGAGUGCCACAUCCCUGACAGCAUGGCCCAAGCGCUUUUCUUCCCUAAGCUUAACAAGCUCGGGCUUGAAAAUGUCACCAUAUCCGAAUCCUCACUACAAACCAUGAUUGAUGGUUGCCCCGCUCUAGAGUGCUUGCUGAUUCGCCGCGGCUCUGGCUUCCGUUGUGUCCGAAUCAACUCCAUCAGCCUUAGAGGCAUAGGUGUGGAAGCUUAUUGGGAAGACCUCAGAUUAGAGGAAGUCAUCAUCGAGAAUGCCCCUUGUCUUGAAAAGUUGCUCCUAUUUGGCUCAGCUGAAUCCCGGCAUAUAUCGGUAAUCUCCGCACCUAAAUUGGAGACCCUAGGCUGCCUAUCUUCCCAUUUAUCUGAUUUUAGUCAACAUGAUUUUAGUACCACACUCACGCUAUACUCGACAGUUAUUCAGGGAUUGCGUGUUCAUAGCUUGACGGAGACGGUGCGCACUGUCAAGAUUUUAUCUGUUCGUAUGAUUGCUCUUAGUUUGGAUGUUGUUAUUGACUUGAUGAGAUGCUUUCCUUGCUUGGAAAGGCUGUACAUUGACGUAACAAUUCUUCCUUAA